AUGUCUCAACCGACUAUCACCCUCUAUACUAGCCAGACUCCCAAUGGGAUCAAGAUCUCCAUGGCUUUGGAGGAGCUAGGGCUACCCUACAAGGUCGAGAAAAUCGACAUUACUAAGAAUACCCAGAAGGAAGCCUGGUUCCUUGAGAUCAAUCCUAACGGCCGCAUCCCGGCCUUAACCGACACCUUCAGCGACGGUCAGUUAAUCCGCCUGUUCGAGUCUGGGAGUAUCCUGCAGUACUUGGCCGAGCGGUAUGACCCGGACCACAAGAUCUCCUAUCCCAAGGGCACCCGCGAAUACUACGAGAUGAACAACUGGCUCUUCUUCCAGAAUGCCGGCCUUGGGCCGAUGCAGGGCCAGGCCAACCACUUCUCGCGGUACGCGCCCGAGCGCAUUGAGUAUGGUGUGAACCGCUACGUCAAUGAGACCCGUCGGCUUUACGGUGUCCUAGACAAACAUCUCGCUCAGUCCAAAUCCGGGUAUAUUGUUGGUGACCACGUUUCCAUCGCCGAUAUAUCGCACUGGGGGUGGGUGGCAGCUGCCGGAUGGGCGGGUUUGGAUAUCGAAGAGUUCCCGCAUGUAAAGGCGUGGGAGGAGCGUAUGGCGGCGCGGCCAGGCACUGAGAAGGGUCGUCAUGUUCCAUCCCAACACACUAUCAAGGAGCUGAUUAAGGACAAAGCGGCUGUGGAGAAGGCCGCUGCCGAGUCACGGGCAUGGAUCCAGGCGGGCAUGAAGGAAGAUGCAAAGAACAAGAUCUAA